CGCGCACGCCGUUUUGCGCGCACGGACUCGUCGCCGGAGCAAGCGGCCAUCAGCGUGAAAACGGGUUCUUACGUCACGUCACGGCGCCUUGAAUAACACGUCGGAGGAAUAAAAAAAGACCCACUGUGAGUGUGUCUGUGGAAGACAAACCGGGGCGAACAGACUACAUGAAGCAUGUUUAUCAUGGGCAGUCUAAUGACAGAGUAACAGAUGAUGUCUCAGAAGAAGAUUUUCCUGAUUCUGGUGGCAUUUAGUACUGUCAGUUUGCUGUUGCAUCAGGGAGGCCACCUGAGUUGGACCAUGGAAGUGUUACGACUGACCUACUCAUCCAUCAACUCUCAAACUGUCAAACACUCCAACAUAGUCUUCCUCAAGACGCACAAAACAGCCAGCAGCACUGUGCAGAACAUCUUCUUCCGCUUUGCUGAGCGCAACAACCUCACAGUGGCGCUGCCGGUCACACCAUGUGACCACCAGUUCUGCUACCCGCGCAUCUUCAGCAAACAUUUUGUCCACCCUUACACCAUGCCUCCGAACAUUGUAACUAGCCACAUGCGCUUUAGCCACUCUGAGUUGAAACGCAUUAUGCCCAAUAACACCUUCUACAUUACCAUCUUGCGUGAACCUGGUGCCAUGUUUGAGUCCCUGUUCAGCUACUACAAUCAGUACUGUGAUAGUUUCAAGCGGGUCCCCAAUGGAUCUCUGGAAGCUUUUCUGGAAAAGCCUUGGGCUUACUAUCAUCCUGAGGAGAAAGAUUCAAUGUAUGCUAGGAAUACACUGACCUUCGACUUGGGUGGAGAUAAGGAUAAACCGUACAAAGAAGUGCCGACGUAUGCGAAGCGAUUUGCUGCAGAAGUGGAGAAUGUGUUCUCAUUGGUCAUGAUUGCAGAACAUUUUGAUGAAUCCCUAAUCUUGAUGCGACAUCUGUUGUCAUGGGAUCUAGAGGAUGUGCUCUACAUCAAGCAAAACAUGCGCAUGCCUUUGUCUAGAAGCAACCUUUCUGAAGCACAACUGAACAAAAUCCGGGAAUGGAACUCCAUCGAUGCUGUGCUGUAUGACCACUUUAACGUCUCACUUUGGAGGCAGCUGAAAGAACUGGGCCUAGCUUGUGUUGCUAGGGAAGUAAAGCUGCUUCGUCAUGCCCAAGAAGAGAUGGUGCGUGGCUGCUAUGGUGGCAGACUGCCUCCACUCCGCUCAGCUGCGGAGAUUACCAACAAAGAUCUGCGGCCCUGGCAGCCCAGCUCCAAAGUGACUAUUGUUGGCUACGACUUACCCGAGUCUGGCAUGUCACAGGACAAGUGCCUGAAAAUGAUCAUGCCGGAAGUGCAAUAUACAAAGCGACUGCUACACACGCAGAUGCUGCAUUACAGGAACAAGUACUUUUUAAAUACAAUCAAGCAUAAUACGAAGAAUCCCUCUAGCCAGCAACAACACCCCUCCCGAUCCAUUUUAGUUCGUUCAACCACACUUAGGAAGAGUCCCAGAGCAUCUGUAUAGUUCUUCCACUAAAAACCUCAACUUUUGAUCACACAGAAAGCCCUGUCAUUUUCCUCUUUCAUCUUGACCCAGACUGCAGGGAAAUAUCUGUGAAGAACAGUGAAAGUCCAAGAUUAUGCCAGCCAUCUAAAUCUCCCUCCUCAGGACCUGUUUACCUGUGCCAUUUCUGUGUAGGGCUUAAAAAAAUCCUCUAAUGAGGACUUUGCUAGCUGGAUCUGUGAAGCUAUGAAGACCAGAGUAUGUGUAUGUGUGAUGUGUUUUGUUAGCUAUAGGACUAAAAAUAUGGCACUCUCUCAUGUAAACAUACACAGACAUGCACAGACAUGCAUAGUACUUGCACACACAUAUGGUACGAACUUACAAACAUCAUAGUGGUAUUUGAAAACAAAGAUUCUGUACCAUUACAGGGACAUUUAGCAAAUUUAGCAGAUAACAGUCUAAGUUAGAGGUUUCUCAACCACCUUUCCUGCUAAGCUACACCCUAGAAAACACAGUGAUACCUCGAGAUACGAGUUUAAUUUGUUCCGUGACCUUGCUCGUAUCUCAAUUUGCUCGUAUCUCAAAGCAAUUUUCCCCAUUGAAUUAAUUGAAAUCGCAUUAAUCCGUUCCAGCUCGCAAAAUUCCACUCCAGUAGUUUUGUUUGUGUUUUGAAUAUGAAAAAUGUACAGUACCUGUAUUUAUAAAUGACAAAUAUUGUAUAAAAACAUACAGUAAUAAAAGAGAAUGUUAAAAGAAUUGGCCUGCCAGAACUAACGCAAUGCUUGAUUUCUCUUAACUUAACUGAACUUAAUUGCUACAAUUUCUGUUUUCUUUACAUUCAUUUUGCUUAAUUUUCUUUAUCGCUUUUCUCUUCACUUGUUUUUGCCUUUUUUGUCACUCUUUCCUCGCUAACAUCUGCCGGUCGUUUUAAUAAAAACCUGUCCAGUCGGCAUAUCGGAUGCAGUGUAGUCGCACAAGUUAAAAUUUUUUCGGCCGCCGUUUGACGUGUGCAGUGGGAAGGCGAUGCAGUGUUGGGAUCUUUGUUUCGGCGGCGGCGGCUCGGAUGCUCGUAUCUCAAAAAUUUGCUCGUAUCUCAAGGCAAAAAUAUGGUCGAAUCACAGCUCGUAUCUCAAAAAAUUUGUAUGUCAAAGCACUCGUAUCUCGAGGUAUUACUGUAGUGUGCUAUCCAGGCUGUAAUGCCUAAAUGCUUGUGCUAGAAGUGCUGCAUAAUGAACUGGCAGGCAAUAUGGCUAACUUUCUUUGCCAACUAUGUCUUGUGUCUUGUCUUUAGUUAGAUGUUAUGGUCCAUGUCUUUUGUCUUUUUUUUUCUCCAGAGUACAGAAUCUGGGGCAUCACAGGGCCUGUGUUUGCCCUGAAUACAUUAUAUAAUUAGAUACAAUAAAAGGAGAAAAGCAUUAAGACUUGAAUUCACUGACUACCUUUUAGAAAGGGCAGUCAAAUAACAGACGGUGUAUGUAAACUCAUUUGUUUAAACCAUGACAGCUUCUUGAGGCACACAAGCCUCGUAUAGGGUCAAUAGAAUGUAGGUUUGCACACAAGCCUCGUAUAGGGUCAAUAGAAUGUAGGUUUGCACUCCUUUUACUCAUUGCAGGAGCAGGCUGAUCAGCUUGGAGCAGAGCAGACGAUGGAAUUAAUGAGGGACAGGGGAAAAAAGUUCACUAGACUCACUAGUUUCGGGAAGCAAUUUGCAGUAACACGGUGACCUUGAAACUUUCCUUGUGACAAGUAGUACAGCAUAAUAGGCACUGUGCUUACACACUGCUGUAAGACUACAUACAGCUGCUGGCAGUCUCAGCAUUAAAGCGGUUUCAUAGGAAACGUACAGGAUGUCAUUAUUAAUUUAUAUUUAAUACUGAAUCUGUUUAAUUCGUUUAAUAUUUUGUUCUAAUCUUGCUAUGUGAUUUGUGCGUGCAUACAUGCGUGAGUGUGUAAUUUUGUAUUGCAACAAUUUUAAAUUAAUCCGUUUUCCUUCACACUACUUGUGACAAGUCAUCUGUUAUUAUUAUUAUUAUUAUUAUUAUUAUUAUUAUUAUUAUUAUUAUUAUUAUUAUUAUUAUUAUAUUCCUAGCAGUAGCUGUGAGCCAAGCUGCUGCUGUAUCAUUCAUUAGACUUGAUUCCUUCUUAUUAUGCUACAAAUCAGCGUUACACUUACAUCAGCCUUUAAAUUAGUUUGUAUUUUCUGUUGACUUACUCUAAUAGUACAGAUUAAAACUUCUAAUAGCUAAUAGACACCACUCCUACACCUUUAAUUAAUCCAUGUGCAAAUGAGACACCUCCUAAAUGCUGACAAAUGUGACAAAUGCUACUUUUCUCAUAUUACAAUUCAAGUUAAAAUUUUCCACACAUACUGUAUGUAUAGACAUUAAAAAAUUAAGAGCAAGAGUCAUAAACCAAUCCGAGUGAGAACUUGCAAAAAAAAAAAAUACUAUACAUUUACACAACACACUAAAAUAUCCACUUUAGGUAAAUUAAUGUAUCGAGUAAUUAAGUAAGUAUUAAUGAUUAGGCAAUAAUUCUGUCUCUCUCUCUUCACACUAGGUGUGACAGGUUAUACAAACACCUGAUUAUCUCUUGUACACUAAAAUUCACAUUUCACCCCUUGUUCUCACAUUCAGAACUGUAAGUUCUAUAAGAACUUUAAAGGGUUCUCUAUACUGUACUACUGUGCAUCCUAUCAGAGGGACAUUAAAAAAGUGACACGAGUGUGUUGUGUGUAAGCUUUUAUCAGAGAAACCUGGAGUUGUUUAUUUUAAUUCUACAUGUUCAUUUUGACCAGGAGCUUUAAACAAGAUGCUUCUGACAAUCAGAUUUAUUGAUUAUGUGUUGAUAUGUAAAGAAAAUAAAACCAAGAUCACUGAAAA